ACCCUUUUCGGAGGGAAAAUUCUCCGGGUUGACCGCGAUGGAGCCACCGUCGGCACCGUCGUUCCUGUCAGCCAUCUUUGUUUCGGCGUGUGAGGAUCUUUUUAAGUGACAGUGCGUGAGCUUUCCACUAAUAAAGAUGACGAUCCGCCCUGCAUAUAAGCCGGAGAUCGUCAAGAAGAGGGUCAAGAAAUUCACCCGUCACCAGUCUGACCGAUAUGUCAAGCUCAGAAGAAACUGGAGGAAACCCAAGGGUAUUGACAACCGUGUCCGCAGAAGGUUCAAGGGCCAAUAUUUGAUGCCAAAUAUUGGUUAUGGCUCCAACAAAAAGACCAGACACAUGUUGCCGUCGGGCUUCAGAAAGCUCCUUGUCCACAAUGUGAAGGAGCUGGAGGUCUUGAUGAUGCAGAACAAGAAGUACUGCGCGGAAAUUGCCCAUGCAGUUUCUUCUAAGAAGAGGAAACAGAUUGUUGAACGUGCCCAACAACUCUCCAUCAGAGUGACGAACGCCCAUGCCCGUCUCCGAUCGGAAGAAAAUGAAUAAACUGUACGACUCUUUCAAACUUCUGUUCCAUUUCAUCAAAUAAACCUUUAUUUGCUAGGAAA